AUGUUCGAGAAUGUGCUCUUGUUCGGGCUCAUCCACCUUAGGCUGGCAAGCAAUGGAUGCAAUAACUUCAUGCAAUUGGCUCAACUUUUCAUCCAAAAUAGGGUGGAGUAUUCUAUCAGCACCUCCAAUGUUCCUCCUCCGGGUCUGGCUCGACAUCAAACUUUGGCGGCCCAUCAUAAGCUACCUCCGCCGAGCCGUCAAAGUCAUCUGCCAGUAGAGCCCGAGAGCUGUUGCGGCGGGGACAGGCGGACUGAUGGUGGCCGGCCUCGCCGCAAGAAAAACAGCGGGGACCACCUCCGGCGCGCGACCCCUCCAUCCCGACUGAGGCAGUCCUGA